AUGCUGUUUUGGCAUAACCAGCCAGAGCACCUGUGGCCGGGUCCUGCAGAACUAUGCCCCGGGCCUCCAAGCAGCCUGCUCAGGGAGUCCCUGCCCUCGCCCUACCUGAAGCAGGAAGAGCCCCACACUGUGCUCAGCCGGGAGCCGCCCUGCCCCUCCUUCCAGUAUGUGCUCUGUGCAGCCACCUCCCCGGCAGUGAGGCAGCAGGAGGAGAGCCUCACCUACCUGAACCAGGGCCAGUCCUAUGAGGUUCGGAUGCUCUGCAACCUCAAGCUGGGCGACACCUCCCAGUGCCCCCAACUGCUGAAGAGCGUGGCCCGCGUGGUCUUCCAUGAUCGGCGCCUGCAGUGCAUGGAGCAGCUGCAGCUGGACGGGUGGAGGUGGAGCCGGCCUGGGGACCGCAUCCUGGACAUCGAUGUGCCGCUGUCUGUAGGGGUGCUCGACCCCCAAGUGCUGCCCUCACAUCUAAACGCGGUGGAGUUUCACUGGGACCCCUCGAAGAGGACCUCCCUCUUCCUGCAGGUUCACUGCAUCAGCACUGAGUUCACUCCUCGGAAAAAAGGUGGAGAGAAAGGUGUCCCUUUCCGCCUUCAGAUGGACACGUUCAAGCCCAGUGACAAGGAGCUUCCUCCCGAACACCUGCACUCGGCUGGCUGCCUCAUCAAGGUGUUCAAGCCCAAGGGAGCUGACCGGAAGCUGAAGACAGACCGGGAGAAGAUUGAGAAACAGCCCCUGCACGAGAGAGACAAGUAUCAGAUUGCCUGUGACAGCACCGUCUUCACGGAGUGCUCAACGUGGCCGGAGCCCAGCGCAGGCUCCCACGCAGCUCUAAGUCCUCGAGCUCUGAGGGCUCCAUACUCCUGUGGGCGCCUGUCUUCGGAGAGGCUGGGCUCCUCACCCCUGUUUGCUUUACACACCUGGGGCAGCAGUGCAGCUGAGGAUUUGAACCCUGGAGCCUCCAUCCUAGAGACCCAGCAGUGGUUGUGCCGGCACCGGUUCUCCAGCUACUGCCGGAUUCUGGCCAACUUUGCAGGCACCAAUCUGCUGAAGCUGACCCGGCAGGACCUCAUCCAGAUGUGCGGGGCUGCGGAUGGGAUACGCCUUUUCAAUACGCUUAGAGUCAGGCCCAUCCGGCACCGGCUGACUUUAUAUGUGACUCAGGAGGCCUCUGGGCAAGAGAACCCUGACUCAGGCCUUUAUCAAGAAAUCUCUCUGGAUGAGCUCAGUGCUGGGGAGCUGAUGGGAAAACUGGCAGAGCUCUUGGCCCUCCCAGUCAAUCAGAUUCACCGCCUCUUUCACCAGGGACCUGGAGGCAUCCUCAUCCUCCUCAGUGACCAGGUGGUUCAGAAUCUUAAGGAUGAGUCAUACUUCAUGAUUGUGGUAAAAAAAGUGCAGAAUCCAGAUGGGUACUACCUGGUUCUGACCUAG